GCCGGUGGUCCUCAGAGUGUCAAACUUUGCGGUUCGUGUCACGGACAGUUUCCCGACGGUGGGGACACGAUGAAGCUCGACGCACUGCGGCUGUUCGUGGACCGCGGGACUCACCUGGGGACUCACCAGCAGGUGUUCUGCUGGUUUCCUCCGCAGAAGAAGAAGAGCAGGGGCGGAGCUUCAGUCUGCACAUUAAACAGGAGGAGGGUGGAGCUUCAGGACCUGUCGAAGCCCAGUUCGUGCCGAGUCCUGAUUGGCUGAGUGACAGUCCUCCGUCCAGUCGGAUCCAAUCGCGGCGCCGCCACCUGCUGAAGAUAGUCAAGUGGGGAUGUUCUGCUGAUUUCCACCAACGAACAAGAGCAGGCAAGAGGGCGGGGCUUCAGUCUGCACAUCACACAGCAGGAGGGUGGAGCUUCCGGACCUGAGGAGCUCACACCGUGCCCUGAUUGGCUGAUGGGAUGCAACGACGACAAGGGACCCUCAGACGCCCUGAUGUCCGGAACCCCGUACUGUCACCUGGACUCGAUACGCGACCUUGGAUCAGGACCAGGACCAGAUGUCUCCGCAGACCGGGGGCCCCCUUCCCAAGUCCCGCCAAGUCCUGCAGCUGCCGUGUCUGCGGGAGCUCCUUCUACACGCAGGGAAUUCUGGGGUGCGACACGCAGAGAACCACUGCAAGGAGCCCGAAAGCCGGUGUGGCGCCUGCGGGGACCAACUGGACUCGACCGAGAUCCUCAGCGACCACCUGCGGUCCCACAGGGAGCAGGGCAGUACCUGCGACGUGUGCGGGAAGAAGUGCAGCUCCAUCAGGAGGAUGGAGAGCCACAAGCGGGUCCACACCGGGGAGAAACCGUAUCGCUGCAGGUUCUGCGGCCGAGACUUCAGCAGGAAGGAGAUUCUGGAGCGGCACUUGAAGGUCCACACCGGGACCGGCCGCACCGCUGUGGACUCUGCAGGCUCUGUACCUGGUCCAGCACCUGGACCGAGCAGAUUGGCCCGGUGCUGUGAGCUCGUUCAGAACAGAGAAGUGGACUCUCGAUGUCACGGGGACCAGACCUGGUCUGAACCAGACCUGGUCCUCAGGAACUCUUAUUAUUUUCUACUUUUUUAAGUUGAUCAUCAUUAAAAUAAAAUAAAAAAACAGCUUU